UGUGCCCACUUUACUGGGGAGGAGCGGGGCUCAGAGGGGGAGCUGACUUGCCCGAGGUUGCACAGUGGGGGCGAAGCUGGGCAGUGUCCUGCGGUCUGGCCACUGCUCCAGCCCCCUCACUGGGGCAGUAAAGACAGGCCCAGUGUCGCCUGCCUUGUGUGCCGAGCUUUGGAUGUCCUCAGGAAGGUGGCGGGUGACGUGAUGGCGUUUCCCGCACGAGGAUGGAUAAGGCAACCCUCCCUCAUUCAUUCACCAGCAAGGAUGUGCAGCUCGCCCGCCGAGACCACGUGGGGCUGGCCGUGCACGUCCGGUGGAACAUUCCACCGUGGCCAGAUGUGCUGUGCUUCCCGCACGGGCCACCGCGCUGCACGUGGCUGCUGAGCUCUCACGGUGCGGCUGGCGUGGCUGCAGACCUGAACCUUCGAUUUGAUGUCAGUCAAUUAAUCUUAGUUUCAGUGGCCACAUGUGAGCAGCGGCUACUGUGCUGGGUGGUGGGAGAGAGAGAGGAUGGGGAGCGAAGCAGGAGGUCCUGGGCCCACAGAGAGAGCAGUCUGGGGAAGGGAUGGGCUUGUAGGUCAGAGGUCAGGGGAGGCCUCCGUCGGGGAUGGACAGGGGCCCAAAGGACGUCUGAGGUGCGGCGGCUGAAAAUCUGGGGAGGAGCACCCAGGCAGAGGGCGCUGGGAGGACAGAGGACAGGAGGGAGGGCGGACGGACCUACGGUGGGGCUGGGCAGAGGUGUGCUGCUCAGGUGGGAAUGCUGCUCGGGUGGGAAUGCUGCCGGGGACAGGGUCGAGCCGCCGAGCCCCAGGCCACCAGGGCUGACGCUUCUCAGCGAGGCUGCGGUCCAGCGGGGAGGGGCACUCAGGUCCUGGCCAGACCUUGAGAGUUUGUCCACAAGAUGUGCUGACCCAGGGGAGAUGGUUACAGAGAAAGAGGGGGGUCAGGUGAGCUGUCCCCUGGAGAAUAGGGUGCCUCUCCUGCGAAGGUGGGAGGGGAGGAAAGGGCAGGCGGGGCCUUCGCUUCGUGGGAGGGGCCUCUGCCCGUGGGCUGGAAAAAGCCGGCCCCACCCCCCACGGAGCAGGAGGUACCCGAGCGGCUGUGAGGGGUGCAGGUGCUCCCUUCUCAGAGCCCCUUGCGGGGCUCGGAGGGGCCCCCGCGACCGGCCUGGGGGACCAUCUCCCGGUGAGGAGCCCCUGGAACUCGGGUAACCGGAGGCAGGUGUGGUUUCUGGGUCCCUCGCCCAGUGGACCCCUCGCCCCUCACCCCUUGAGCAGAGGUAGGGGAGCCGGGAGCAGCUGCUGGAGAGCAGCGAUUUCCUGGAAGCGCUGAGGACAGUAAUGGAGCCUGAGCGGCCCCCUGGGGGAAGUGGCUUCUGCCUGAGAGCAUUUCCUGAAGCUCCAUCCCUGGCGGCACAGGGCGGGGGGCUAGGGCUGGGCAGGCAGCCCUCCCGUGCAUCCCACCCCAUGUGCCAGCCUGGGAAGAGUGGGGGUGCAGAGCCCAGGAGGCCCCACAGAGCCCGGCUCCAGCCUCACUGAGAGACCCUCGGGGGCCUGGGUGGGACUGGGCAGUGAGAGGCCACUCUGACCUCGGAGCCUCAGCUUCCUCGUCUGUGAAGUGGGACCACAGCCCCUCCCGGGUGGUGAGGAGGCUGAGGUGUGGACAGAGCCCCUGGCCGAGGCUCCAGCCAGGGAAGCCCCCAGACAGCAUCACUGUCUCACCCACCAGAGGAGCUACUGGAUGGAUGGAUGGAUGACCUCAUCAAUGGCCAACACACUCUCUGCAAUGGCCUCUCUCUGCUAAGAGGAGCCCAGCCUACCCAUCAGAGCACCUGAGCAGUCAGACGCCUCUCCAGCGAGUCCACGGAAGAUGCUUAUCGUCACCGGUCACCAGAGCAAUGACCACAGUGGGACACCGCCUCAUACCACCAGGACAGCUGGAAAAAACAAGAGCCCCAAACCAGAACAUAACAAGUGAUAUUGUUAUCAGCGAGGAUGUGGCGAAAUUUGAACGUCAGGUGUUGCUGGUGAGAAUGUAACACAGCGCAGCCACUGUGGAGAAUCGUCUGGCAGCUCCUCAAAAAGUCAAACCAUCACAACCAGCAAUUCUGCUCCUCGGUACGUGCCCCCAAAUGAAACAAGGACCCAAACAGAUACCCACACGCGAGGGCUCACAGCAGCCAAAUGGGGAAACCCAACGCCGGCUGCCAGUGGGCUGACAAACCGCACAGUGAAGGGAUUCAGCCACGCUGGCCACAGUGUGGACACAUCUAGGAGACACGGUGCUGAGUGAACAGGCCCAGACGCAGAAGGCCGUGUGUCGUGCGAUCCCAUUACACGAGCCGCCGGGGCAGGAGAAGCCACCGAGACCAAGCAGACAGAAGGAGGGGGAGACCAACCACCCGAUGGGAACCGGGCCCCCUUCGCGGGGAGGAGAACGUCCUGGAACCAGAGAGAGGUGGUGCUUGCACGGCGCUGUGACUGUGCUAAAUGCCCCGGAACUGUUUGCUUUUAAAUAGCUAAUUUUAUGUUGUGUGCAUUUCACCUCGAUUAAAAAACAACAGAAAAAGAUAAGUGACCUCAGGGUCCAGCCCAACCCCGUCUCCCCACUGACUCCCACCGCCUGGACGCAGGACCACCCAGACCCGGGCACGGCCCCUGGGCUGUGAAGGCUGAGCUCCUGGUCUCUUAGGGACCUGAAUGAUGAACUCCAACC